GUGGCAACAGCAGUGGUAGGGGUAGGGGAGGGAAUGAUCCUGCUUUGAUGUCCGCUUCUGCGAUGGUCGAUCUCAUUCCCAUUUCUAUCAUCCUGGCCCUCAUCGCUGCCAUUGUUUGGCGCUACUCGCCGCAGCCCGGUCACAGCUCGCCCGGUGCCAUCGCUCUCAUCGUCCUCCUCGCGCUUCAGCUCGCGUCAGCGAUAUUUGUCUCUGGUAUACUGCUGUAUUUGCGUGUGCGGGAUCGGAAUACAGAUCGUGCGCUGGGUGAGAUGUUGCCUCACCUGGUCGAGGUUGUUCGCGGCGGCGUUCUCGAUCGCAUCGAGCCAAGCGAACUCGUACCCGGCGACGUUGUCCUCCUCCGCGCCGGCGAUGCUGUGGCAGUCACCCUGCGGGUGGUGGCUUCGGAUGGGUUGCAGGCUGACGCGUCGGGUGUGACUGGCGAGCAGGCGCUGUUGACCCUAGAUCUAGAGCCCCGCCCGACCAACAUGCUCCGUCCGGGCACCCUCAUCGUGGCAGGCACAGGCAAGGGCAUUGUGCUUCGGUUUGGUGGCGCCUCUCCUGACGACGACAACAUUGACCAUAUGGUCGAUACAAGCCGCUCACAGGCUCCAGAGCCGACCGACGCCGACGUGCGCUACUCGCUCCAAGGGCGCAUCACCACGACCUGGCGCGCCGUCGCUGGCCUCCUUGUCGCCAUUGGUAUCGUGGCUUGCAUCCUGCGGUACCUUGACACACCUUCCGGCGAGCGCAAGGCCGCCGUCGUGCUUACUGGCACCAUGCUGCUUGCGGCGAUUGCAGGUCUCUCGUUCCGCGUCUCGUUUGCCGAGACGCUGGCGUCGCUCGCCAAGGGCAUGGUCAAUACCAACGUGCUCGUCAGCCAGCUGUCGGCUAUCGGCCUGCUGGCGCGGAUGACCCGGAUAGUGGUUCCGCUGGAGCAUCUGAACAACUCAGAGGUCGUGUUCUCGUCGUUUGCGGUCAAUCCGCACUUUCGCACAGCGCUGCAGCGGAGCCCGGAAGCCGGCCGCGGCCGCCCACUGUCGCAGCGGGUCUCGGAGCUUGAGCUGGAGGCCGGCAAGAUGCGCGAGGUCGAGCAUGCUCGCCGCAGGCGGCCCAGCAGCUCAGACUCGAGCUACUCGGACUCCUCGUCAUCGACUUCGGUGAGCAACGGACGGUCGGCGUCGGCGACAGCCGACAGAGCCUCCAGUGGAAGUGGUCUCCCGUGGUCGCUGGUCAGCCAAAUCGACGCGUCGGUUGUCCAUUACCCGCCCGAAGUUGAUGCGCUGUUCCGGCUGCUGAUUGCGCUGGCGCCGGCGCCAAACACCGAGCCCGGACCUGGUCUGGAGCGGUCUCUUGCCGCGGUUGCGCGUGGCGUCGACCAUCACAGCUCGUUUUCAGUCCCGACAGCCCUGGCGUCGCUCAAGCCGGUUGCACUGCAGGCUAGAAGCCAGCCUGACGGCCUGGUGGUGCGCGCAUUUAGGGAUCUAACCUUUUCGUCAUGGGAGAGCUCGGGGGGAGUCUUUGCCGCCUCGUCGUCACACGUCCACUGUGUGGCGUUUGGCGAGGUUGAAGCCGUCGUCGCGCUGGUGGCCAAGACAAACCCCAUGUUCGACACGGCCGUUUACUCGCGGUCUGUGGCGGCGGCCGCUGCACACGGGCGCGAGGCCUUUGCCGUGGCCUACGCCGCCGUUGCGGUCUCCAACCCCGGUGCGCUGCCGACGUACGAUGACGUCGCGGGAGCAUCGGGCUCCAAGGUCAAGGUGGCCAAGGCUGGUGUGCCGCUGGAGGAUUUGAGCGUAGCCGCUGCUCUUGCUGAAGGCGAAUUUGCCAUGGUAGGCUUGGUUGCGCUGGAAGGCUCUUCGAUCCACCCACAGUCUGCAGCUAGCAUCGCGGCGCUGGGUGCAGCUGGUGUCCAGGUCGCAGUGCUUGCACCGUCGACCACACCGCGAGAGCUGGAACGCGUGGCGCGCGAGCUCGGGCUCGAGCCCGACAACGUCAUGCCUGCGGCGGCUGUGGCGGCUACCGAGUUCCCACCCAUGUUUGCGCCGCUGGUGGCCGGCGGCGACCGGCGGACAAGCCGCCAGCUGGUGGCCGGGCUCCGGGCUGGCGGCAUGUGUGUCGGCGCAUUGGUCCGCUCCGCCGACGAUGUGGCCGCACUCUCGCAGGCAAACGUCGUCAUCGCGACUGGUAUCUCGGGCUCCGAAGUGGCCAAGGCGGAAGCGCAGCUCAUUGUGCUCGACGACUCGCUGUCGUCAGUGGCAGACGCUGUGACCCGGGCCAAGCUUCUGCAUGUCUACGUCUCGCUUGUUGCAGCCGUGUGGAUGACGUUGCUUCCGAUCCUCGCCGUGCCGUUCAUCGUCUACGGGGCGACCGGUUGGCAGACGCUCUUGCCGACGCCUGCGCUGCUCGCCGCGCUCCUCUCGUCGUCGAUCAUUGCUGCCUUUGGUGGCUGGCUCGGCAUGACCUCUCUCUCGCGCGUGAGUGGGGUCUCCGAUGCCGCGCUUCUUCCUCGUCUCAGCUACGCCAUCAUGCCAGCCAAGCAUCUGGUCACGUGCCUAGCGGGGGGGCUCGUGCUGGGCGGGCUCAGCACGACCCAGUUUCUGUUUUCCGUCAGUAGAAGAUCGCACCUUGAUCAUCUGCGGGUGAGCGCGUCGCACGAUGCCAUGUAUGCGUCGGCAAUCCAAGCAACGCAGGUGAUUAUGAGUGCUGCAGGGCUCGUCUCUGGCGUGGCGUAUUGCAUGCGCAGGUUCUUUGGCGCCGAGCUGACCUCGCGACUGCUCACGACGAUGGCCAUUGCGCCGGCCCUCCUCGUCAUCGCCAUCUUUGCCUUUGAAUCCUCAAUGGUCGUUGCCGGUUCUUACCCUUGUCGUCCGCGCUGGUAUGGCGUUUAUUGCCGCUAGCGGCGUGGCUUUUACCUGCUCGCGGUCAAUUCUCCUGUCGCUGCUGGAGCUUCGCGACGCGUAAAAGCCAUCAGUCUCCUACAGCGUUUCCAGGUCGAGCACAGCCUGAGUAAGCUGAGCAAUCUGCUUGGACUGGGACGGAGCAAGGGUCGA